AGGAGUCGAUAUGCUGUGAAUAGCUCUGGUGAUACCACAGAAGAUCAAGAUGGGGACUCCAGAGACCAAUGUCCUCUAACUGAUGAGCAAUUGGUUUCGGGGUUUUCAGAUGUCAUCCUGGCAACAAUUUUGGCUACCAAGUCAGAUAUGUGUGGCAAAAAGUUUGAACUGAAGAUCGAUAAUGUUCGCUUUGUUGGGCAUCCCACGUUGCUUCAGCAUGCCCUUGGGCAGGUAUCCAAAACUGAUCCCUCACCAAAGAGAGAGAUGCCCACUAUGAUUCUCUUCAACGUGGUGUUUGCACUAAGGGCCAAUGCAGAUCCAUCCGUGAUAAACUGCUUACACAACCUCUCCCGAAGAAUCGCCAUAGUCUUGCAGCAUGAGGAGCGCCGCUGCCAAUACCUGACCAGGGAGGCCAAGCUGAUCUUAGCUAUUCAGGAUGAAGUCUCUGCCAUGUCAGAAACCACUGAAGGGCCACAGUCACCUUUUCAUCACAUCCUACCCAAGUGCAAACUGGCCAGAGAUCUCAAAGAGACAUAUGACAGUCUCUGCACAACAGGGGUGGUCCGUUUACAUAUCAACAACUGGCUGGAAGUGAGUUUCUGCCUGCCGCAUAAAAUCCAUUAUGUUGCCACAAACUUUAUACCCCCUGAAGCAAUUGAGAGAAGCCUGAAAUCUAUCAGGCCUUACCAUGCCUUAUUGCUUUUAAAUGAUGAGAAGUCAUUGCUUAAUGAGCUCCCGCUGGACUGCUCUCCUGCCCUGGUGAGAGUAAUUAAAACUACCUCUGCUGUGAAGAAUUUGCAGCAACUGGCUCAAGACGCUGACUUGGCAUUGCUGCAGGUUUUCCAGCUUGCUGCACAUCUCGUUUACUGGGGAAAAGCAAUUAUUAUUUAUCCACUGUGUGAAAACAAUGUCUACAUGCUUUCUCCAAACGCCAGUGUCUGUCUUUAUUCUCCAUUAGCAGAUGCGUUUUCUUGUCAGUUCCGGGGUCACAACCUGCCGUCGAUGCUUUCCAAGUUCUCCCUCCCAGUGUCACUCUCGGAGUUCAAGAAUCCGCUCGCACCGCCGGUUCAGGAGACUCAGCUCAUCCAAAUGGUGAUAUGGAUGCUCCAACACCGGCUUCUUAUUCAGCUCCACACGUACGUCUGUCUGAUGGUGCCGCCAAACGAGGAGGAUUUCCGAGCCCAAGACGAAGACAUGCCCUUUACUGCCAGAGUUGGAGGCCGAAGUUUAAGCACCCCCAACGCUCUCAGCUUUGGUUCUCCAACCAGUAGUGAUGACAUGACUCUGACAAGCCCUAGCAUGGAUAAUUCCAGCGCCGAGCUGAUACCUGGUGGGGACUCACCCCUAAAUAAAAGGAUGACGGAGAAUCUCCUAGCAAGCUUGUUGGAACAUGAGCGGGAAGCUAUCCUUAAUGUCCCUGCUGCCCAAAAUCCAGAAGAUCUUCGCAUGUUUGCAAGGCUGCUGCACUAUUUCCGAGGCCGACACCAUUUGGAGGAGAUCAUGUACAACGAGAACAUGCGUCGCUCCCAGCUCCUGAUGCUGUUUGACAAAUUCCGCAGCGUGCUGGUGGUGACCAGCCACGAGGACCCCGUCAUUUCAGUUUUUCAGUCCCUCUUAAAAUGACUUUGCUGGCAAAGGCAGGGAACCUGCUACGCUCUUGA